AAAUAAAAUAAAAUAAAAACACGUGAAUUAUAUUCCGUUCAUAUACACCAGUACGGGAAAAUCGAACGUUUUAGUUUCUAAAACGUUCGAUCUUUUUCCGUUAUACUCACCAUCGCAUUCCUGUGUGAUAUUUAUUGUUGAUUUUCUAUAAAUUCAUCUUAAAAAUGUGUGAUGUGAAUAAUUUAUCGUCAACAGUUCCAACGAAAUUUGUCGAUGAGCUUCCUGAACCAUAUCGCGAUGUUUUUUCCUCAAGAUUUCAAAGUUUCAAUAAAAUUCAAUCUACUCUAAUUGAUUUGAUUAUUGAAACCGAUAAAAGUCUUGUAAUUUGUUCACCAACUGCUUCGGGUAAAACUGUAUUGUUAGAGUUGGCUAUCGUUAGUGAAUUGAUACGAUUAGAAUCGCUUAAUCCAUCACGUCCACAAUAUGAUCAAUUACAUGCAUUAUAUUUGGCACCAUUAAAAGCUAUUGUCGAAGAAAAAUGCCAGGAAUGGCAACAACGAUUUGCGAAAUUUGGUCUAAAAUGUUUCGCGAUGACUGGUGACACCGAAAUUGAAAAUUAUCAAAAAUAUUUAAAUGAACAACAUGAACAGGUGAAUAUUUUAUUGGCAACUCCGGAAAAAUUUGAUUCAGUCAUACGAACACAUUCAGAAAGUCGUUCAUUACUUCGUCUUUUGGAUUUGAUUAUGAUCGACGAAAUUCAUAUGCUUGCUGAUCGUAAUCGUGGUGAUUUUCUCGAAGCCACUAUCACCCGAUUGAAGUUUCUUCGUGAUAAUAGUAAUAACAUCAUCAAUGUCCUUAAUGAAUCAGAAGGUAAUCAAUUCAAACAAAAAAGCCGAUUACGAUUCAUAGCUAUUUCAGCCACUGCACCAAAUGUUGAAGAUUUAUCCGUCUGGCUUGAUCCGCGUAAUUCAUUGGGAAUACGAGUACCACCGGAUUGGCGACCCGUAAAGUUGAAAAAAUUAGUCAUCGGUAUUGAACCAACAGGUGUUGCACAAACAUCAGACUAUCGUUUCGACAUACAAAUCAGUUAUAAACUUGAAAGUCUUAUUCGUGAACAUUCGGAGUCAAAACCGACAUUAGUUUUCUGUUCAACUCGACGUUCGGCCGAAUUUACUGCCAAAAUUUUGGCCACAUCGCAAAGUACAUAUUUUGAAUCGCAUCAACAACAUGUUCAAUUAUUUAUGGAACUUUCACGUAUCAACCAAAAUGCAAACGAUAUUGAUGCCAUGUAUAAAAUUGAAUUUGAAAGUUUCAAAAAUACCGAUCUUAAAGCUACAUUAGCUUCUGGUGUUGCUUUCUAUCAUUCCGGUAUGGAUCCAUCCGAUCGUCGUUUAUUGGAACAUUUGUUUUCAUUGUCAGUAAUACCGGUUCUGGUAUCAACAUCAUCAUUGGCUAUGGGUGUAAAUUUACCUGCUCAUUUGGUUGUCAUAAAGAAUACUGUUCAAUAUGAAGCUGGUUCACAAACUGAAUAUGAAUUAUCACACAUACUACAGAUGAUUGGAAGAGCUGGACGGCCGCAAUUCGAUACAAAUGCAACAGCUAUCAUUGUAACAAAAAAAGAGAAAAAAGAAAAAUAUGAAACAUUAUUGGAUGAAGAAAAAGAAAUUGAAAGUAAUUUAUUUCGUUCAUUAAUCGAACAAUUAAUGAUCGAAAUUGUAUUGAAAACUGUCAGCAACAUUAAUUUAGCUAUUGAUUGGAUCUAUUCAACAUUUUUGUUUAUCCGUAUUGUUCAAAAUCCUGAAUAUUAUCACAGUUCUAUUGCUAAAGGCGAUUAUGACGGUGCUGGUCCCAUUAUAUUAGAAUGGUGUCGGCAACAGAUGAAACGUUUACAAAUAAUUGGUCUUAUUUCAAUCAAAGGCGAUUUUAUUGGUCCAACGCAAUUGGCACGAAUAGCAACAAGAUAUUCAAUCUCAAUAGCAACAUUGGAGCAUCUGAUUGAAUGGACUAGUACCUCAUAUUCAUUAGAACAAUUACUUGAGCAAAUGUGUUGCUGCACAGAACUAUCACAGGAUAUUAUACUACGUACUACUGAUAAGCGAUUUCUUAAUGAAUUGAACAAAAAAAUUCGAUUCAAAUAUUCGGAUCGUUUUCGUACGGGAUCAAUGAAAACAAAUUGCUUAGCACAGGCAGCUUUUGAAUCAUUAACAGUUGAACAAUGUCUAUUUGAUGAUUUACAGCGAAUCAUAAGAUCAGGUCAACGUGUUUCCAAAUGUUUUAUGGAAAUUUUUGUCUAUUUUUUUCGGCAAAAACCAAAGAUAAAAACUGAACAGCAACCACCAUGGUUACAUUUACAAACAUCCAUUGCAGCGGCACGUCUUUUACAAGCAUUUUGGACGCGAAUGUGGUACGAUUCACCAUAUGUAUCAAAACAGUUGCCAAAAAUUGGCCAUGCGUUUUCAUCAUUACUUGUAGAAAAUGGUUUUACGAGUUUUGCUCGUUUACUCGAGUCCAAUCCUCGUCAGAUUGAAUUUCAUUUGAAACGUAAGCCACCAUUUGGAUCAAUUUUGAUCGAAGAGAUAAAAAAUCUUCCAAAAUACCAAUUGAUUUUGAAAAAACAAUCAGAUUGUAGCCUGAAAUUUAGUUCAGUCAUCGAAGAUCAUGUCAAAUUGAAAAUUCAGAUCGAAUUCAAAUGUUGGAUACAGCGACAAUCUUUAUCAAUAUCGAACAUUGUAAAACCGGACAAACAUCAUUUUCAUCUAAUUAUUGGCUGUGAAGAUUGUGAUCAGAUUUUAACUAUAAAUCGACUGAAUGAUCAGUCAUUGAUACAAUGUAAUUAUGCACAAUCAAUCAUUUUGCUUAUGACAGAUUUUGAUGACGAUACUGACAGUCUAGUAAAUGAGUCAGUUGAAUUUAUGGACCAAAAGAAGCAGAAGAAUCUAUCCAACAAAACAGAAGCAAAAACCAAGAAAAAAAAUGAAAGUAAACAAAAAAACAAAGAUAAAGAAAAUCAACCUGAAAUAAAUAGAAAUUCUAGGAUUUGGCCAGCAAAAUUUAUCAAAUUUACCAAUCAAGUUCAAGAAGAAUCUAAAGAUUUUAGUGAAAGUAACAUUAUUGUUCAUUGUUCGCUACGAACAACAUUAUCACAUACUUUCAUAGCCUACAUUGUAUCGGAAAAUUUCGCUGGUCUAGAUGUGGAAGCCAAGUUAUCAAUACGAAAUCCUUUUCAGCAAAUGAAUUUAUUACAAGAAUUUAAUUUGCUCGAUUCAUUCGAUGAUGAUGAAUAUGACCAAAUAUUAGCUCAGUAUAAUAAUGAUGAAAAACAAAAACACGAUGAAAGUUUAUCAACAUUAGAAUCAAUCGACAUUGCCGAUAUUCAAUCUACUAGUUUGAAUGAGAUUUCAGAAUUAUCAAAUUCAUCAAAAAAACCAUCAGCAUUGCCUUUCUCAGAUUUCAAAAUUGAUGAUAAAAUACAACAGAAAAUCACUGAUGAUAACAAUGAUGAUGAUGAUGAAAGUCUUAUGUAUAGUGUAUUCACUGAUUUUCGUAAAAGAAUCCGUUCCAAUUCUGAGAAGGAAUUGAAAAAAUUUGUACAAUCAUAUUUGCCUGGAACUGAAACGACAACGAUGACGCCCUCAACUUCGACAAAAACAACAACAAGUAUUCACAACAACAAUAUCGAGAAUCAAUCAAUAAUAAAUGAAACAAAAGUGGCGAAAAUUUUCCCAUUCAAACGUAAAAUUUGUUUGAAUAAUCCAUUUGAUAAUAAUCGUGCAUGGACAUCAAUGUCCAAAUUAGGUCGAUUCAAUUUCAAGGAUAAUAAUGAUGUUGAUGGUAAUAAAAAAGUGAGCAAAUAUUUUCUCGCAACAACCAAUAGUAAUCGAUACCGAAUAUUAUUGCAUAAAUUCAUCCGAUUACAUCAAUAA